AUGAGCAGAAGAAGAAUUGCUUCACGCAGAUGUUUACGUUCUCCUACUUCCGUAGCUACCUAAAGCGGAGUAACGUUACCAGUCUGACGCUGAAGCGGAUAUUUCACCAGAAAAUCUCGGUCAUGUUUAGUUUUCUUUACCUCAGUAUUAGAGCGGCUUAGCGGAUCAACAUGAUUCAGGCCAUGUGUCUCCCGCUGUAGGCGCUGCAUCGCGAGUUUUUCUCACCAUUCAUCGCAGGCAAAGCAAAGCUAAAGCUAGCGCCGUGUUAGCAGCUGGUCAGAGGCAGUUGGCUCAAUUUAAUAAAGGAUCUUUCGAUCCGCACUCUGCCCCCUUGUUAAUUUAGAUUAUCACGCAAGGCAGUCAUGGCCACUAGGCGUCUGACAGAUGCCUUCUUGUUAAUGCGGAACAAUGCAAUCCAAAACCGGCAGAUAUUGGCUGAGCAAGUGAGUACAUACGACCCCCGUCUGAGUACACGUAGCAAUGCUGCGGAGCUUGAUGAGUUGGCCGAUGAUCGGAUGGCCCUGGUUUCAGGGAUUAGUUUGGAUCCCGAAGCCGCGAUUGGGGUCACCAAGAAAUUACCCCCCAAAUGGGUAGAUGGAGUAGAUGAGAUCCAGUAUGAAAUCACAAGGAUCCAGCAGAAGAUGAAGGAACUGGCCUUGCUUCAUGACAAGCACAUGAAUCGUCCCACACUGGAUGACAGCAGCGAAGAAGAGCACGCCAUAGAAAUCACAACUCAGGAGAUCACGCAGAUGUUCCAUCGAUGCCAGCGAGCCGUGACUGGUUUGCAGUCUCGCUGUGGUCACUGCACAGAGCAGGAGGAGCGACUCUUGAGAAACGUGGUCUCCUCUCUGGCACAGAGCCUGCAGGAGCUGUCAACCAAUUUUAGGCACACACAGUCCAGCUAUCUAAAACGUAUGAAGAAUCGAGAGGAGAGAUCAAAGCACUUUUUUGACUCGGGGCCCUUAAUGGAAGAGGAUGAAGAUUUAGCUCUAUAUGACAAGGGGUUCACGGACGAUCAGUUGAUGCUGGUGGAGCAGAACACAGUCAUGGUUGAAGAACGAGAGCGGGAGAUCCGACAGAUAGUGCAGUCUAUCUCAGAUCUGAAUGAGAUUUUCCGGGACUUGGCAGGAAUGGUGGUGGAGCAGGGCACCGUUCUUGAUAGAAUCGACUUCAAUGUGGAGCAGGCUUGUGUUAAAACAGAAGACGGAUUGAAACAGUUACAAAAGGCAGAACAGUAUCAGAAGAAAAACCGAAAGAUGCUGGUCAUUUUGAUCCUUUUCAUCAUAGUCAUUGUUCUAAUUAUUAUUCUUUUUGGAACAAAGUUCUAAUCACUCAUUCCUCCGUUUUUGUUUUCUGCCUGGGUGUUUGUUGUGCAACUGUGUGGACUUGGACUUGAUUCUACCGUCUUUCACACCAACCGGGAAAUGCUAAGAAGAAAUCUUUGUGGGGACACUGUGGGUUAGUGGAGAUGGGGUUUUUUUUAAUGGGCGAGUUAGAUUUUUUUGUUUUGUUUUUUU